AUGCUCAAGACCCUGUCGGCAUGUCUUUUGGACUGCCAGACUGCAGUCAAAGACAAGAAAUACGAUGUAGCGUUGGCCGCGCUCAAAACAGCACUGCAAGUGAGUCGUAAAAACUGCAAAGAAGAUUAUGUCAACAUCCUUGACCACCGAGUCGCCGUCUAUCUCAACAUGGAAUUCCUGGACCUCGCUUUCAAGGACGCCAAAUCGAUGGUUCGCAGUGAUCAAAAGGAUGGCCGAGGUUACCUUAGAUGUGGUCAAAUUGAACGGCUUCUAGGCAACCAAAAUGCUGCGAUCAAUUGGUACAAGCAAGGAUUGAAACGUGUUUCUAGCACGCAUCGCGCUUUUCCGUCACUCCAGAAACAGCUCGCCAAGGUCGAAAGCCAACUCAAAAAAGAUGUGGUCUUUACUAAGGCUAAUGAUCCAAUGCUUGCUCUGCCACUCGAAACGGUUGAAUUCAUUCUCAGCUACCUUACAUACAGAGAAGUUGUUGGUAUGACCCGUGUCUCCCGACCUUGGAAUAAGCUCUUCUGUGGCUUGCGGCCUAUCAUAGAUACGAUUGAUUAUGGGGCCGCAAACAAACCUGUCAGUGCCCACAUGCUUCGCGCAUCGCUCCGGAAGCUCAGGGUUGCCAAAUCCAUAACCGCAACUGAAAUGGACAAAUCAGGGGAGGCCUUCAUCAUCAAACAUCUGCAGGUAACCACGAGCCUCCGAGAACUGAGCCAUUUGGAGCUGAAACUGAAUUCCUAUCCACUUCGUAACCUUCCUUGGUCCAAGUACAAUCUCAAAAGCCUCGUGCUGAGUGGUCUAUCUGCGUUUGAUGGUAAGGGCUUUGGAAUUGAGCAUGUUCGAACGGUUCUGCGAGACUGCCCUAGGCUUGAGGCAUUGUCCGUUCACAAUCUACAAAGUCAUGCUGCUCUGACCGACAAGGAUCUGAAUUGCCCUGCACUCCGCAGACUUGUCUUGCACGACCCCUCAAAAAAUGGUGUCAUUUCUCAAAUGACUUCAUCAACCCUGGAAACCAUGCCUAAUCUCGAGGAGCUUUCUCUUCGCGGUGUUACCGUGGUGCCGAUUCACGGUCUAGCCAUCGAUCUGAGAAAGAUGGCACUUCUUAAGAUCUUACACUUGAGAGAGAUGCAGUGGAGAGUUAGCCGUAUAUACUUACCCGUGAUGCUCCAAGAUCUGCGAUUAGGAGACCAAGGCUUGAUGGCAAAUACCGCACACCCACCUGAAGAAUCCUUCACAAGCUUGACCAACUUGACAUCGCUUGAUCUUGUACUGGAGAAGCACUGGCCUGAAUAUCUGGCAGCGAGCCUGAUGCCAGCGCCAGGGGACACCAAAUUAUCCGAGCUUCGUCUCUCUGUCAACCCAGAGCAUGCCGAUACCGUGCUACAGCUCCUCGGCUCGGGUUCUGCGAGGAAGCUGCGGCUGCUGAAACUCGACGGGUGCCAAUGGCUCAAGGACAACCAUAGCGGCAUUUUCACCACCCAUCUACCUGAGCUUGAAGACCUGACUCUGGGUGCCGCGGCGAUCACUGGCGUGUUUAUUAUGGAUUUGAUCAAGGCUCCACGUAGCAGAUUGAAGAAAGUGCAGCUGACGAACUGCAACGCUGUCUCCGGCGAUAUCAAACCUUGGGCACAGGGACAUGGUGUGAACUUGACCAUCAAGAAGCCUGGUAUCACCAACGGACAGAGAGUUCGCGAAGCGCACUGA